UCUCCCCAACCCUCACCAGUCUCUGUUCUUCUCAUUUUCGUUACUUCCCUGCAUCCGACGCCGCAUUUCGCCUCCCACCAUGUCUUCCUUCGUCAGCAAAUACCAAGACGAACUCAUUGCCAAUGCUGCUUAUAUUGGCACACCGGGAAAGGGUAUUCUUGCUGCUGAUGAGUCUACUGGUACAAUUGGCAAGCGUCUUGCUAGCAUUAAUGUUGAGAAUGUUGAAACAAACAGGCGUGGCCUUCGUGAGCUCCUCUUCACUGCUCCUGGUGCGCUACAGUACCUCAGUGGUGUGAUCUUGUUUGAGGAAACUCUAUACCAAAAGACAGCUUCAGGAAAACCCUUUGUGGAUGUGUUGAAGGAAGGGGGAGUCCUCCCUGGUAUUAAGGUUGACAAGGGUACAGUUGAGCUUGCCGGAACCAACGGGGAAACCACCACUCAGGGUUUGGAUGGUCUUGCUCAGCGCUGCCAGAAGUAUUAUGAAGCCGGUGCACGAUUUGCCAAAUGGCGUGCUGUGCUCAAAAUUGGCCCGAACGAACCAUCCGAACUAGCUAUCCAUGAGAAUGCUUAUGGUUUGGCUCGUUAUGCGGUCCUAUGCCAGGAGAACGGCCUGGUUCCCAUUGUGGAGCCCGAGAUCUUGGUGGAUGGACCUCAUGACAUCAACAAGUGUGCUGCAGUGACCGAGCGAGUUCUUGCGGCUGUCUACAAGGCUCUAAAUGAUCACCAUGUGCUGCUGGAGGGUACUCUGUUGAAGCCCAACAUGGUGACCCCUGGAUCAGAUGCUCCAAAGGUGGCUCCAGAGGUUAUUGCCGAGUACACUGUUAGAGCUUUGCAGAGGACUGUUCCUGCUGCAGUUCCUGCCAUUGUUUUCUUGUCUGGUGGUCAGAGUGAGGAGGAGGCAACCCUCAACUUGAAUGCCAUGAACAAGCUCAAGGGGAAGAAACCAUGGUCUCUUUCUUUCUCUUUUGGAAGGGCACUUCAGCAGAGCACUCUCAAGGCUUGGGCAGGUAAGGAUGAGAACAUUCCCAAGGCCCAGGCAGCACUCCUCUCAAGAUGUAAGGCAAACUCACAGGCGACUCUGGGAACCUACAAGGGCGAUGCCCAGCUGGGUGAGGGUGCUGCAGAGUCUCUCCAUGUUAAGGACUACAAGUAUUAAGAGGUGUGGGCUUCUUACCGCUCUUCUUUUGAGGCUUUUUACACCAUUGGCGCCAAGGUUUUAGUGUUCUUCCAUAGUUUUGAGUCAACUGUCUUGCUUACCAGCCUCGUUCACAAGAGGGUUAUAUGGUAAAACAAAAAUAAUUGUGUAAGCUACACUGAAUUGUUUUUCGGCUUUUAUAAUUUCCCUAGAUUGCAGUCACCCCUCAGUUUUUAUUUGCUGUUUGCAAUGAAGAUGAAUUCUAUCAUUUUAUAAGCUGAGUUUGAAUCAGACAAAAUAUUUUGGUACCA